AUGAGUCGAGCACCUUACAUUAGUAACGGGCACCCACGACCACCCGUAUCUCUUGCAGAAUUGCAUCGACGUGCUGCUAUCAAUAAAGCCGAUGCCAACAAAUAUACAGCAAAGCAAUGGCUAUUGUCAGUAAAGCGUUUAUUUGACGAGGGUGACAGGACCCGACGCUUAAACGAUCUCGAAAGCGCGUAUAUUCAUUACCUGAAGGGUUGCGACAUUCUGGUCGACAUUAUUGGAAAACAUCCCGGAGUCAAUGAAAUCAAGUCGAAUCCCCUUUAUGCAGCAAUGUCAAAGCGAGCUCCGGAUAUACUCAACUCACUCGAGUCGAUCAAAGAAGAAUUAGAAAAGCAACAACCGAUUAUGUUUAGCAACAAUACUGGCGGUAGUGACGCAAUGGAACGAUUUCCUCCAGUAUCAGCCUUGGAUUCAGCGUGGCCGGAAAGCAAUAAGGAAGAAGUAUCGCCGCUGGAUGAUCUACCGUCUGUGCCAACGCAUGCACCACAAGCAGGUCGACGCAUGGCCAUGCCAGAACCAUCGCCUUCACCACCAGCAGUGCCCGAUCACUUGACAAGAAGAAAACCAUCUGCACCCACAACCAUGAUGUCGUCCUUACCAUCCACAACUACAACAGCAUCGUCAUCGGCACCCAAUACACCGCCACCGCCGUUGCCACCCAUCCAUGGAAGUAAUAUGCUCGCAUCUUCAACAAGCAGCUCUACUGCCGGUAUGAAUGGUAGUCCUGGCAGCAGCAGCAGUAACUUUGAAAGUAGUGCGAUUAAGCAGCUUCAACUACCUCCACGAAGUACAUUUGCGUUUCCACCUACCAAUACAGUGGAACCGGCAGUUCUUGCCAAAUGGAUCCAACGAAUAGAAAAUCGACCCAGUAUCCUUUUGCUCGACGUACGACCUCAGUCCAUGUACAAGGAAGGGUGUAUCAGGCAUCCAUGGAUAUGUCAGAUUGAACCUUUAUCACUUCGUCGAGGGGUCACAUCUCAAAAGAUUCAACAAUCAUUGGUUUUGAACGCCGAGGCAGAGCAAAUGUUGUUUGAUCAAAGAAACAAAUUUGAUCUCAUUGUAUAUUACGACCAAGAUACCCGCGGAUUGGACGAUGCAACUGAACCGCUACGUAAUCUCACUGCUGCUAUCUACGAAAAUGAGUUCAACAAAAUAUUGCAACGGGUGCCUAUGCUGUUGGCAGGUGGAUUUGCUGCUUGGGAACAAGUGAUUGGCUACCGCGGCGUGUAUAGUUACGUGGACCCUAAUCGGAACCAGCAGCAACAGCAACAGCAGUCGAAGCAUGAACAACAACGACAACAGCCACAGGAUGGAAAGGAAAAUGAACAGCCUAAAGAGAUUAGUCGAAGACGGCACUGGCUUGAAAAUGUGGUAGGAAGAGGGCCUGGACAUAGGGAGCGUCUGCACUAUACACCAUUCGAUUGGUUCAACGGAAAGCAAUAUGAUAACGAACUUCAAUCCAUGACACGGGCAAGUGGACCAAAGCCUCCACUGCAAGGUAUUUUCGCCAACUCGAUUUCAACACCUACAGCCGGAGGCGUAGAGCUACCACCCGCAACAAUGCCUAUCGCCCCACCGUAUGACAAUGCCAAUCAAAACCAACAACCACCAACACCCACUGAAGAAUCCGUCAUGGCUAGAUACCCAGACAUCAAACCCAAUGUCUCUUCUGCUGCCGCUAUUGCUACUAUGCCACAAAACAACAGCGCAGGCACGAGUCUUCAACGACGAAGAACAUUUAUCGACAAUCCUUUCCAUGGUUUCACCGAGACAGCCACCAACAAUUACGAUGUACCACCUAGAAUUCCUGCAAAGCCCACCCGUCCUUUACCACCACCACCGCCACCACCAGGACAAGUAGCACAUCCUCCUCCACGCACGCCAGCACGAGAUGCAGGAGGACCACUUUAUUCUCCGCACCAUCAUCCACGACCCUCAUCUGCUGGUCCAUCUGCUCCACCCUUGCCUUCCAAGCCAGAAAGUUUGAAACAUGCUGCCCAAGAACAUCCCGUCAUUGAUAGUCGUUAUGCUCGUAUCCCGACCGAAAAUACCAUGUCUCAGUUGAGCACUGUUCAAAUCGGCAAGACUGGAUUGAAGAAUCUGGGCAACACUUGUUUCAUGAGCUCGAUUAUUCAGUGUCUGAGUGGUACCACACCUCUUGCGCGGUAUCUGCUAACUGGCAUGUAUAAGCAGCACGUCAACAAAAGCAAUCCAUUGGGAACCGGUGGUGUUUUAGUACAAAGUCUGGCGGAUUUGAUUCGAGUCAUGUGGAGUGGAAACUACAACUUCAUUUCACCAGUGACGUUCCGCCAAGCGCUUGUUCGUUUCGCACCACAAUUUGCUGGUACAGAGCAACAAGAUUCACAAGAAUUUCUCAUGUUUCUGCUGGACGGCCUUCAUGAAGAUGUGAACGUAGUACUGGAACGACCUCGUCCGAAACCGGAAGAUCCGGCAGAAGAAAAACGGUUUGAACUGUUACCGGAUUGGCAAGCAAGUGGUAUUGCAUGGAGCAAAUAUCUGGAACGGAAUGAAAGUAUCAUUGUCAGCUUGUUCCAAGGUCAAUACAGGAGUCGUCUCACGUGCUUAACGUGUAAACAGACAUCUACUACGUACAACACGUUCAUGUCAUUAUCGCUUCCUAUACCAACAAAAUCCUCGACAUCUUCUGUAAACCUCUAUCAGUGUCUGGAUGCUUUUGUCAAGGAAGAAACCUUGGAUAACGACGACGCAUGGAAUUGUCCACGAUGCAAAAAGCCACGGCGAUCCACCAAGAGCUUGACAUUAUCCCGGAUGCCCGUAGUUCUACUGAUUCAUUUAAAACGGUUUUCAUUUGAGGGACCUUUCCGUAACAAGCUGGAGACUAUGGUGGAUUGUCCAACAAGAAACCUAGAUCUUUCUAAAUAUGUACCAAGCUCGAUGAUCCCACCGAAUACUGAACGACCCUCAUUUAAAUAUGAUUUAUAUGGUGUAUCUAAUCAUUAUGGAUCGUUAACAGGUGGUCACUAUACCGCUGCUGUUCGUGACGGAUACCAAGGCGAUUGGCAUUACUUUGAUGAUACGCGAUUCUCCAUGUGUGAAGAAAACAAAGUUGUGACGCGAGCCGCAUAUAAUCUAUUCUAUGUGCGAUCUACCGUGAAAUAA